AUGACAGAGGACACUCCAAUGGUUGAGCAGGUUGCUGCUCAAUCGGCUACACCACCAACACCUCCAAAGCCAUCACUAUCGUUGACACCAAACAAGGCAAGCCCAUCAUCGUCGAAGCUCAAUCUAAAGAACAUGACGGCGCUCAACAUUGGCACUGGUGUGAGGGGUGCAGCAGCAACAACAACUGUGAGCAGCGGAAGUGGAAGCAGUGGAUCAAGCAACAACAAUGAAAGCUCUGGCAACUUGCUAAACUACUUUAGCAAAGUCCAAACGUCCUCCUCAUCCUCAUCAGAGGCCACACCAUCAACACCGACAAAGCCACCUUGGAGAUCACAGCCGACGAGGGCAGCAGCAGCCGCCGCCAACGAAGCCAUUUCAAGAAAGAGAAAGAUGGAUGAGGAGUUUGACGACGAUGUCGUAAUUGACGAGCAGGACGACGAGGACUAUGUGGACAAAGAUGAUGACUUUGACUUUGACGACGAGGUCGUGUCCACGCCCAGCAAAUCAAGGGGCAAGAGCGCCGCUGCCCCCUCCACGCCAAAGAAGUCUGCGUCCAAGGCCACCUCAUCCGCAUCCACGCCCACACGCAAGACGCCCGCACAAACAAAGAAAGAGAAGAAUGAGGAGCGCUAUGGAUGGCUUGAGGACGUCAAGGAUGCGAAUCAGUUGCCAGUGGGCCACCCAGACUAUGACGCCAGGACACUGCACAUCCCUCAGCAAGCAUUGGCCAAGCUGUCUGCAUUCGAGCGCCAAUACUGGGAGAUCAAAUCGAUGUGCUACGACACUGUGGUGUUCUUCAAGAAGGGCAAGUUCUACGAGUUGUACGAGGGCGACGCCGACAUUGGUCACGAGAAGUUUGGUCUAAAGAUGACGGACCGUGUCAACAUGCGCAUGGUGGGCGUGCCCGAGUCGUCGUUCCCUGGCUGGGCGUCCAAGUUCAUCCUGGCCGGCUACAAGGUGUCUAGGGUGGACCAGGUCGAAUCGCGUAUCUCAAUGGACAAGCGACAGAAUCAGUUUGGUGCUGCAUCGGCCAAGGACUCAAUCAUCAAGCGUGAGCUCACUUCGAUCAUGACCAUUGGCACACUGGUCGACGAGGCCUUCCUGCCAGACACAUCGUACAACUACUUGAUGGCAAUCAAAGAGGACGAGUACAAGCGCGAGUUUGGCGUCUGCUUUGUCGACACCUCAAUUGGACUAUUCAACUUGUGUACAUUCGUCGACGACGAGAAUCAAUCACAGCUCGAGACACUGCUACUACAGACAAUGCCACGCGAGGUUCUUAUUGAGAAGGGCGGAGUCAGUCCACAGACUGUGGCCACCAUCAAGAAGGUACUGCACAAUCAAAAGUACCUGCUGGCAUCUCGUUGUGUCACCGACUACUGGGACGCCGAGCUAACGCUGGCCACGCUGAAGGACCACCGCAAGGAGAUGGCCGAUCCAAUGCCGGAGCCCCUACCCUCGGUGCAGGACAAACUGAUCAUGAUGUGUGCCAUGGGUGCCAUCUUUGCCUACCUCGAGGAGACCAAGCUGGCCAAACAGAUCAUUGGCCAGUCGCGCUUCACCCUCUACAAUCCUAUGAGUGACGCCAGCUCGCUGAUCCUGGAUGGCCAGUGUCUGAUCAAUCUGGAGGUGUUCAACAACACGACCGAUGGCUCAAAGGAGGGCUCGCUGUUCCGAGUGCUCAAUCGUUGCUCCACCGCCUUUGGCCAACGUAUGCUCAAACAAUGGGUCUGCCGUCCAUUGUGCAAUCGCGAUUUGAUCAAUGCACGUCUCGACACUGUACAGUACCUGGGCGAGAACAACGAGGUCUUCACCAAGCUGAUGGCCAUCUUCACACGCAUCCCUGACCUCGAGCGAAUGAUCUCGCGUAUACAGGCACGCCACUCCAAGCUCCCCGACUUGGUGCUGGUGCUCGACACACUGGAGCGCUGCCAAAAGAGUCUGGAAGAGAUUGACUGUGUCGACGAAAUUGGCUCCAAACUGCUACGUGACUACGCCACGGUGGGCAUUGGCUUCCCCAACCUAAAGCCAUUGCUCGGAAAGAUGAGAGACAGCUUCACCUACGAGAGGAGCACCGACACUUUGACGCCAAGCCUCGGUCUGUCGCCCGAGUACGACAAGUGCAAGGAGAAGAUCACAGAGAUUGAGCUGAAGCUGGAGAACUACUUGCUGGAGCAGAAGAAGUUCUUCUCGUCGACGUCUGUGUGCUACAAGAACAUUGGCAAGGAGCACUAUCAGAUUGAGGUGCCCGUGGCCGCACUGCAGCGCGUCAAGCUGCCCACCACCUACUCGCUCAAGUCUGAACAGAAGGGCGCCAAGCGAUACUACACGCCCUUCAUUGAGAAGCAGACCAAGGAACUGUCAGAGUAUCAAGACGAGCUGAUUGGGCUAUCCAAGGAGGUUAUCGUGCGAAUUCAGGAAUCGUUCAACGAGAAUGCCUCGGUGUGGUGCCAAGCCGUCAACACACUGGCGCACAUUGACUGUCUCCUGUCGCUGGCCAAGGUCAGCCUGUUGUCCACGAUGCCAAUGUGUCGACCAGAGAUUGUAGGCAACUCCGCCAAUGCCUACCUGGAGGUGCAGGAGAUGCGUCACCCCGCCAUCACCAUUCAAGGUGGCAGCGACUUCAUCCCCAACGAUCUGGUACUGGGCAAGCGACCAGACGCGGCCAAGACCAACCCAUGCACGAUGGUCCUCACAGGCCCCAACAUGGGAGGCAAGUCCACUCUGUUGCGCCAAGCUUGCAUAUUGGUGAUCAUGGCGCAGAUGGGCUGCUACGUGCCGGCCACCAUGUGCCGAAUGUCGCUGGUCGAUCGUAUAUUCACUCGCUUAGGUGCGAAUGACAAUAUCCUCGCAGGACAAUCCACGUUCAUGAUCGAGCUGCAAGAGACAUCGAACGUUCUGCGCUACGCCACACAGAGAUCACUGGUCAUCAUGGAUGAGCUGGGUCGUGGCACAAGCACAUUCGACGGCUACUCCAUAGCCUACUCGGUGCUGAACCAGAUCACCAAUCACAUCAAGUGUCUAUGUAUGUUUGCCACUCACUACCAAUCGCUAGCCAAUGAACCCAAGGUCAGCGAUGCGAUCUCCAAGUGCUACAUGUCGUGCCACGUCGAUGAGCUCGCCAAGAAGGUAAUCUUCCUCUACAAGCUAUGCGAAGGUGUCUGUCCCUCGUCCUACGGUAUGUUGGUUGGUGGCAUGGCAGGCAUCCCCGUAGAGGUGGUGCACCGCGCCGAAGAGAAGGCCAAGCAAUUCGAGAGGGAGUCUACAAUUUCAUCCUAUAUCCAUGGAACCACUAGUACAAUGGACGCCGCCAAGAAGAUCGUCCAAUGCUGCAAGUCCAAGGACUAUGCCAAACUUGUCGAACUAUGGAAGAACAUCGAUCUCAAAUGA